AUGGCAACUCACAAGGGAUGUGCUCAGAAAGGCAAAGCAAAAUGCACUAAAACCACCUCAGGCAAACCCCAUAUGGAGGACUUCAAUGGGAGUUUCAACAAUGAAAACCUUCCAGGUAAAGUAGUUGGUCCUGAAAACUGGUAGCCUAUAAAUCAUGUGUUGGCAUUUUUUCUUCAUGACAUAAUAUCUAACAGUCUACUUUUUUUAUUGUUACAGUAGUUGAGGGUGAGACAUUGAGAGGAAGGAAACGUCUCUCAGAGCCAGAUGAUGAUGACAUUGACAUCGACAUCACCAAAGGGUAGGCCAAGCAUUUGUCACAAAGUGCAGUGGUGUAAAGUCUUUAAGUAAAAAUACUUUAAAGUACUACUUAAGUAGUUUUUGGGGUAUCUGUACUUUACUUUACUAUUGUUAGAAAUUGCGUAAUUCAAAUCUGGUAUUGGAAUAAGAAUCAAACAUAAUCAAGAGAUAUUCAAUCCAAGCUAAAUUUAUUAUAUGCAAAAUGUAUGUAUGAUAAGUAUGAAGGUUCGUAUAUACGGGUCCACUGAAAUACCACGCAGGGCACUCAGAGAACUAAUCCAUUGUUACAGGUUCUUCUUCAAAUACUCUGACAGAGAUAUUUCCCACUCCCUGCUGGCCAAUCAGAGUCUGAGCGUGGUUUAGACUUACUCAGCCAAUCCGUUGGCGCACAGGCUAGUCCCAGCCUCUUGGCGCUCCACCGUUGCACACUGUUGCCAGGCAUACGUUUUUAUCAUAACAACCUGUGGAGUUAGCACCCAAAAAACACCAUUCCACUGUACUGUGAGUACCUAGUUCAAGGACGGUUCACAGACAACAGUUCACAGACAACAAAGAGGCAGUGUUCGUAUCUGUAAGAAAUACAAGUCUUAUCUGUCCUACCCCCUAACGUUCCUUACAUGAAUCACAGCUGGUUAUGUGAAACAAUUUAUAUCAGUAUAGUACAACCCUAUGCUUAUCAUUAAUGCAUUCCUUCUAAGCUAUUCAUCACAUACAGAUCCAAUUAUGAGAAAAUAGAACCCCACACUAUUAAUAUUUUUGACAACUUUUACUUCCACUACAUUCCUAAAGAAAAUAAUGUACUUUUUACUCCAUACAUUUCUCUUGACACCCAAAAGUACUCCUUACAUUUUUAAUGCUUAGCAGGACACGAAGAUGGUCCAAUUCAGGCACUUAAGAGAACAUCCCUGGUCAUCCCUUCUUCCUCUGAUCUCACUAAACACAAAUGCUAUGUUUGUAAAUUAUGUCUGAGUGUUGGAGUGUGCCCCUGGCUAUCAGUAAAUAAAUAAAAAACACGAAAAUUGUGCCAUCUGGUUUGCUUAGGGACAGAUCAAAAUGUAGUUGGGGGGAGGGGCUGGUCCAACUAAAAAAUAAAUGCACCCCCCCUCCCUAAAGUAAAACAUAUUUUCACAUGACCCUCCCCUUGUACUGUAAAAUAAAUUGAACAACCUCCCCCCUCAGAAUUAACUCAAAAUAAUGUUUACGACCACAAAUAACAAUAACUGUAGCGACCCUGUGUUUAUAAAUGUGGAUAUCGACUUUGCCACUUCAGCAUGCUUUUGUGGCACAGUUGAUGCCACGCAGGGCUACGGGCCAGAAGGUUCAGGGUUCGCCGACCACCACAGACGAGCUCACUCUCCCCGCCUGUUUCAUUACACUACAGUCAGAGCUGGCUGCAGACAAUGAUCAGCUAGGGGGAAAUCAGAUGUUCAAAAUGUUGAUGCCAUUUAUAAUUAUAUAAAAUAUAUGCAACGAAUUCUCCACCAACAGGUUUCUGUGCCAAUGCACCACACAACCAAUAAACAAAGCAUACCGACUUUGGGCACUUGAAUAUCAUGGUUUGCAUUUUCAGCACCACAAUAGAUAGACUAUGUCAAUCUCGACAAACAGAAAAUACAUCCCUCCCUACCUUGUAGGCUUACCCAGUAUCGAAGGAUUGGCUUGACAAUCUCCAAAUGUCAUUAAACUUUUUGGUGUUUUGUAACAGAUGUCUAGUUCCAUUCAUCAAUUGGCCGCCACACAGUUUGGAUUGAUUGAUUUAUUGAUUGAUUUUAUUUGUCAGUAAAAAAAAAAUAUAUACACAAAUAAUUUUUUAGGUGACCGGUAUUGCACAAUAAAGUCAGGGACUUAUUUCCAUUGUGGUCCCUAUUUUUUACAUAAAUACAUAUACAAUUACAUAGAUACAGACACAUUACAGAGAUAGAGAUGAAAAAAUACUCAACCUCCAGAUGAGUAUUGGGCGGCAGGUAGCUUAGUGGUUAAGAGUGUUGUGCCAGUAACCGAAAGGUCGCAGGUUCUAAUCCCCGAGCCCACUAGGUGAAAAAUCUGUCGAUGUGCCCUUGAGCAAGGCACUUAACCCUAAUUGCUCCUGUAAGUCGCUCUGGAUAAGAGCGUCUGCUAAAUGACCAAUUAAUUAAUUAAAGUAUGAGGGGGGAGUUUAAGUACAAUUCUUACAAGCUUGUUUGGCUGGUAGCUUAUUCUUUAGAUGUUUGGGGCUGCUGGUGAACCAUGAUGUGCAGGCAUAAUCAACAUUGUAGAAUAAUAGUGAAGACAUCAAACCUAUGAAAUAACACAUAUGGAAUCAUGUAGUAACCAAAAAAGUAUUAAACAAAUCAAAAUAUAUUUUAUAUUUUACAGCUUGCUAUUAGCAGCUGCCAGCUAGCAGAGAGAACAGUCUAUGACUAGGGUGGCUGGAGUCUUUGACAAUUUGUAGGGCCUUCCUCUGACACCGCCUGGUAUAGAGGUCCUGGAUGGCAGGAAGCUUGGCCCCAGUGAUGUACUGGGCCGUACAUCACUGUCAUCACUGUCCCUUAAUAUAAGGAUUUCUUUAUGAUUUAUAUACUUUUAGUUUUGAUACUUAAGUAUAUUUUUGCAAUUACAUUUACUUUUGAUACUUAAGUAUAGUUCAAACCAAAUACUUUUACUCAAGUAGUAUUUUACUGGGUGACUCACUUUUACUUGAGUCAUUUUCUAUUAAGGUACUGUAUCUUUACUUUUACUCAACUAUGACAAUUAGGUACUUUUUCACCACUGACAAAGUGACAUUUAUUUGACUGAGGUGGAAAACAUACAGUAUUAUCCUGUGUGAGUUAAGUUAUGGGUUCAUGUUGUCAUUCAAUUAAUAUAGUAUGUCUUCAUCCACAGGGGGGAUAUGAUGACCAUGUUGGACAGAUUUGGAGGUAUUGGGUGUUCCAAAGGAUAAUCAGAUUUACAUGACUCUUCUCCACUAGAAUAAUCUCUAAUCUCUCUUUCUAUUCUUAUAUUCCAUACUCUGGCCUUGCACACUGAUUGGUACAGGGAUUGUUUCUCAUCACUGAAUUUUGCUUUGCAUCUAUGAGCCUCUUUUUCUCUUUACUGCUAGCGGACAUCAACAAAGCCUUCCUGGCAAAACGCAAACGCUUGGAAACGUUCACCAAGUCCUCUGUGAAGACCAGCCAUCAGAAGAUUGUUCAGUUAUGGAGGGUCCAACAAAGAGACAGGUGAUUAGACGUGUAGAGUGAAAGGAGGGUGCAAGUGUGUGUGUUGUGUGUGCGUGUAUUUGUAACCUGAUUUGUAUGAUGUAAAUUCUGCAGGAGUAAAGUGACAGAAGAUUACUGCACCCAGUUCAAUGCGGUCUUCAACCAGUGGGACACAGAUGUGCAGAAGUCCAAGGAUAACGAGGAGAAACUACUGGUAUUGCUCUGUCAGGCCUCUCAAAAAUAUUCAACCUAUUUCUAUUCUAUACCUAAUACAGAGUUACACUGGAGUAACUAAGGCAUCUUUUGGAGCUAAGCAUAGGUGUGUGUGUGUGUUCCCGGCCAUAGAGUAUGUUCCAGCACCAGCAGAAAAUGUUUCAGCACAUGAGGGCCUCCCAAAGCCAGAGACUGAAGACUCUCAAGCAGCUGCUAGAGCAGUACAUCCAGGUAUAUUCUCUUAUCGUAGACUUUGUGAUUUUAAUGUCCCAGCUGGUUUUCUCAUGCCACCUUGUUUCUCCGUGCUGGUAGAGCCUUGAUACAAUGGAGAAGACCCAUGUCAGCCAGCAGGGUGCUGUACAGGGCGAGCUGCGCCAGGAGAUGGCACUGUUUCAGAAAAAGAUCCUCAUGGACACAGUAAGUAAAAGCACAGAUCAACUUACUAACACAUUGUUUACAUGCCUUAUGUCACUCUUUGCUUAGCUGAAACGUUGUUAAUGAUACAAAUGUAUGUGCCAUUUUGAAAAUGUGAGUGUACUACGAGCAUGAGCACCAUGAGAGUGAACCAUGAGCAUAGUAUUUAGAAAAUGACUAUUCAUGAUAAAUAAUUUAGGUCAGAUUUCAACAAACAAUACAUUUUUUAUUAACAGCAACAGCAAGAGAUGGCUACAGUGCGCAAGUCUCUGCAGACGAUGCUGAUGUAAAUUCUUCAGAAUGAAGGGAGCCGAU